UAAAUAUUAGAAUAAAAGAAGCGCUUUUAUUUUCCAUAUGACAAAAUGUCGGUGGCGUUUUCCUCGGCGCGCCCCAGGAGUAAAGGGGAGGUGACACAGCAAACGAUUCAAAAGAUGCUGGAUGAAAACAAUCAUUUAAUACAAUGCAUAAUGGAUUACCAAAGCAAAGGCAAGACAGCUGAAUGCACACAGUAUCAGCAGAUCCUGCACAGAAAUCUGGUUUAUUUGGCCACAAUAGCAGAUUCGAAUCAGAACAUGCAGACACUACUACCUGCACCUCCCGCUACCAAUAUGUCUUUGGUCUCUGGAGGGAUGGGCCAAAGUGUGGGACAUGCUCCAAGCAACCUCAAUGACAACAUGGCAUCGGGACCUCCCCCCACAUCAAUGAUGCAGAGUCAAAUGAGCAAUGGCCCCAGCCAUGCCCCCAUGCAGCAGUCGGCCAUUCCCUCCGCAUCCCUCAGCCAGCCAGCCAGCAGCUACGGUAGCUCGGCCCCAACCUCUGGUUACAGCCACUCUGCGCCCUCUUCCCAGGGCAGCAUGAUCCAGGGUCCUGGGUCUGGCUAUGGCUCUUCUUCCUCUUCUUCCUCCACACCCUCAGCCUCCUCUUCCUCCUCCCGCAGCAACCUCAACUUGCAGUCUAACCAAGUCUCCAUGAUGCAGCAACAGUCUGCCACUCCACACUACUCCUCAGCCCAGGCUGGGGGCCAACACUAUCAGGGACAGCAGGCCAUGGGUAUGAUGGGUCAGAGCAGUCAAGGAAACAGUAUGAUGUCUCAGAGACCAAUGGGAUCCUACCGUUCUUCACAGCAAGGACCUGCACGGCAGUACAUGGGACAAGAAGAGUUCUACGGAGAGCUGUAUGGACACACUCAGAGCUCCAGCAAGCCCAUAAACCGGCAAUAUUACCCUGAUGGUCAUGGGGAGUACUCGUAUCAACAGUCUUCCUAUGGGGAGCAAGGCUACGACAGAUCCUUUGAUGAAUCUUCACAGCAUUACUAUGAAGGAGGAAACUCUCAAUACAGUCAACAGCAGGCUCAGUAUCAGCAGGGCUCUGGUCAGCAGCAGCCGUACAGCCAGCAGCAGUACUCCUCUCAACAAGGCUACAGCGGACAGCCACAGGGAUACGGUCCUGGCCAAGGUGGAUCCUCCCAGUAUUCUCAGUAUCAGCAGGGUCAAAGCCAACAGUACAGCUCCUACCGCUCCUCCCAGGGAGGCCCUGGAGCCCAGACGCAGAGGCCCUAUACCUACGAACAGGGUCAGUAUGGAAAUUAUCAGCAAUGAGGUUCCAACUUGUUUUUCUGUUAAAAGAGAGU